AUGUUCUUCUCCAAAUUCUCCAUUGCCGCCCUUACUGCCUUGGUUGCGCUUGGCGAGUCCCAGAACAACUUGGGCGUGUUCCCCAAGCGUCCCUUGGGCACCGGCGUGGAUAAGCCUCGCCCAACAAAUACCAUCUUCUCUUCCAUUACCCUGGCUCCAGUCCCUCUCAGCACCGGAGCUACUGGUCCACCAAGUCUUUACACCACCGUCACCGAGACUGGCGACGUGACGCUCACUUAUACCCUGGGUUCUGGCACAUCCACCUCCGUGGUGACCACCACCAUCCACCGGACUGCUACCGAGACCAGCUUUGUGACAAUUACUCCCGGCGGUAACGCUCCUGGUGCUGACGACUCCACCACAACCACGACUCUUUUUAGCACCUCUACUCAGACUGUCACUGUCCUGCCAGCUGCUACCUCUACGAGCCAAUCUCAUCCUGGCUCGGGCUCUAACCCUGGCUCGGAUUCUAACCCUGGAAGUGGGUCAAACUCUGGUUCUGGAGGUGACAGCUGCAGUGGCCAGGCCACUGUUACCGUCACCGAGAAAGAGAAAGAGACUGUUACAGUGACUGCCUUCCCAGAUUUCACUUCUCUGGCGCCCAACUACGUAGUCGCCACUUCUAGUCUGCCGGGUGAGAACGGUGAAUCAACUACGAUCACCGUUACCAACCAAGCCUCCCAGACUGGAUCUCCCGGUCCCGAGAAUGGCGAGUCAACUGUCACCGUCUCAACUAAAGCCACCCAGACCGCACCUUACAAACUCCCGCCCUCGCCAAGCAACUCUGACCAGAGCCAGCCCACAACUGCCCCUUAUCCCAUUCCUCAGCCCACUCAUUUGACCUCGUCUGGAUUUUUGACCAGCAAGAAGCCUCUGCCCACCGGCUAUAAAGCCCCCUUCCACUUUUAG